CCCGCCGCCCUGCCCCGCCCGCCCGCCUGCCCGCUGCCCGACGCUGUGUGGGUGUCGGGCUGGCUGUGCGCAGAGGGGCGCGGCUCGCCGCUCCCACCUCCUCCGCGUCCCCAUCUCAGCAAUGACCCGGGCCGUGGCGCCACCGAGCUGAGACCGGGGAGCCGCGCCGCCGCCGAGGAGGGCCCAAGAGGGUGACGGUGGAACGAGCGGCGGCGCGGGGACCGCGACGGAGGGACGGGCGGGGCUGCUGUUCCUGCUGCAGGGCAGGGCAGGGCAGGGCAGGGCCCCGGAGACCGCCGGCGGCUGUUUGCCCGCGGAUCGAGGGCGCGGGUCCGUUCUGCCCGGCCCCGCCGGUGCGCCCCGCCCCUGCACGCACAGCAGGCCCAGGCGAAGCGGCUGGGACGCCCCAGCCCAGCCGGAGCGCCACGGCAUCCGAGCGGGAGCCGGAGCCCGAGCGGGACCGGAGCUGGAGCCGAAGCUGGAGCCGGCACUGCGGCGCACGGAGCGGAGCGCCGCAGCCAAGCCGAGCGAGUAGAGGGGCCUCCCCCCUCCAAGAAGUCAGAGCUGUGCUCGUGGGCAGGCUGGCUCCGCUGUUCUGCUCCAAGGAUUACAUGUCCUUCAAACGCCCUUGCCCCUUAGCACGAUACAACCGUACCAGCUAUUUCUACCCUACCACGUUCUCCGAGAGCUCUGAGCACAGCCACCUGCUGGUGUCUCCGGUGCUGGUGGCGAGCGCUGUCAUAGGUGUGGUCAUCACUCUCUCCUGCAUCACCAUCAUUGUGGGAAGCAUCAGAAGGGACAGACAGGCCCGGAUCCAGCGACACCACCAUCGUCACCGCCGCCAUCAUCACCAUCACCGCCACCGCAGGCGCCGACACCGAGAAUACGUCGCAGGGGUGACAUCCAUGAGAGCAGGACCCGUGUGUGGUCCACCCCACCUGCAGCCCAGAGGAGGUUUUUCAGAGGCUAUGGAAGGACUGACCUUCACGAGUCUUUGUGCAUCUGGAGGACACACACACAGCCGUUCUAGCCCCAGGAUGCCCUAUGCCUGCAGCCCUGCUGAGGACUGGCCACCGCCCUUGGACGUCAGCUCCGAGGGGGAUGUGGAUGUCACAGUGCUCUGGGAGCUGUACCCAGAUUCUCCACCAGGCUAUGAGGAAUGCAUGGGACCAGGGGCCACUCAGCUGUAUGUCCCCACGGAUGCACCACCGCCCUACUCCAUGACUGACUCCUGUCCCAGGCUGAAUGGCGCCCUUGACUCAGACAGCGGCCAGAGCCGCAGCCACCGUCAGCAAGAGCAGAGGACCCAGGGUCAGAGCAGACUCCACACUGUCUCCAUGGACACACUGCCACCUUAUGAAGCUGUGUGUGGGACAGGCUCUCCAUCUGACCUGCUGCCAUUGCCAGGACCAGAACCAUGGCCAAGUAACUCCCAGGGCUCACCCAUCCCAACCCAGGCUCCGAUGCCCAGCCCUGAAAGGAUUGUGUGAGUGGCCAAGCUCAUAAAUUCCGCUGGUCUUUCCAGGCUACCCUCUCUCCUCCAGGCAUACAGGUGCACACACAACCCAUGCACAUGCAUAUAUAUGACUAUCAAUAUAUACUGACAUAUCCCCAAGUGCUUACACUGACACAACCCACACAUAUGUAGACACCUGCAUAUGCACAUGUCCCACUACUACACAAACUCACCUGGGAAGGUUUUCUUUGGAUGAGGUGUUCCCUACAUGGUAUCUCUUCCUCCCCAGCCUGGUGCCUGGUGGCCGUGCCUCUCUGAACAGUGCUGGGCAGAGGUGAGAUAGGAAACCCAAUUUUCUAUCCUCUCCCCAGCCUCCUCUAGGCUAUGGCCACAAUCUGAUUCUCCUGCAGAGACUGCUUGGUCAGCUUCCUGCCAUAACUCCUACCCCAGGGCUUAUCCUAUUGGGAGCUGAGACAGGUCCCAAUAAGGUCCCACUGUGCACUGUGCCUAUCUCUCAACUCCAGGGCUGAAGAGCCACAAUGUCACCGUCCUGCCACUUCCGAGGUGGGAGAGAAACAGGUCUGGUGGCUUAGGCAUGACCUGGAGGUCCUCACAGCCCAUUUAGCCUGUCUCGAUGUCCUUAGUGUGGCGGUGCUAGUGGGGUUAGCUCAGACACCCACCCUAAGUUUCAGGGGGAGACAGGCCCUUGGGCCUGUAUCGUGGAGGAACAACACAGUUCUUCUAAUGUCUGUGCCAGGAUUGAGAGCUCAAGAGAAACAAGGUGUGGGCAGCCCCAUACACACAUAAUGCUUCCUAGACAUCACUCAGAGGAGGCACAGAAGAGUCCACUGCUCAGUAAGUGCCCAGCCAGCUCUGGUGACCUGGGUGUAAGAGGUCUCAGACCAACCAAAGAGCCAGCGCUGUCAUCCAGGGUGGUAACUCCCAGCUGGGGACUGGGCUGAUGAAGUCUGGCCUUGCCUCUCUGGGAUAUACACAGAGACAACACACACACAUGUACCCCACAAAAAAAAAAAAAAAAAAAAAAAAGCAAAAAAAAAACAAAAAAAACUUCAUGUCACUAUGAGACCAGUGUCUGCUGCCAACAUCCCAUCACGGAAGCAGGUGUGUGGAGGCAGCCAGUUGGAGAUAGGCUCAGAUAUUAGCCUUUGAGCUCCAGCGAUGUGAUCUCCAUCGAAGACUAUAUAAGGUGACGAGGCCAUCUUUGAAGACCCGGCUUGCCAAAGCUAAGCACCUUUGAGGAGGAUCCUGUCAGCACUGCCGCUGGCAGGGAGUGAGACCUCCUGCCUCCCGGACUCCUACCUUCUGACGGUCAUCCCAGAAGAGCAGACCCAUCCCCACUGAACCCCUUCCCACAUUCAACUCCUCCAAUGAAGGGCUAAGAAAAUUCAUCAAUCCCUUUCCUAAGCAGAGGGGUAGCAAGGAUUUUUAUUUUCUAUAGAGAAAGCAUUUAUUCUGAUGCAGAGCCGAAAGGGCCCAACCACCAGUUCUGUAGCAUCUAGGCGGCAGCGGCUGCAGGCUGCGGGCAGCACCCUAGAGUCCCAGGCCUGGGGGAGGGAGCCUUGUUUACAAGCCCUUUUGCCCACCUUUGUGGCGUUCUGCUUUCUAGGCAAAGAUGUCUGUCUGUGGUACUGUCCAGCCUUUAAAACACACCCCGGGGAUGAGACUCUUUUUAAGAAAGGCAGUCUGUUUCUAGAGCUCUGGAAAGUGGUGGGGGCAGAAAAACAUCCCCGCCUAUUCACCACGUCGGAGGGAUCUGCGGAACAGCUUUUCUCCUUCCUAGGUUAGGCUGAAUAAGCAGCAAUGUAUCUUUUCUGUACUCAAAAUAAAUGCUCAUUAUCAACAAA